AGUUAUAUGUUUAUGUCAGUCAACUACUGAAGUUGGUAUCAAUAGUACAAAAAUAAAAAAAUGGUUCUUAAGUUCUUCGUUAUCGUUGCCUUAUUGGGUGCUGCAGCGGCGCACCACGCGUUCUCCUCCCAGCACGUGCACAAGUACGACGGUCACCACGAACCAGUGUACCAUCACGGACACGGACACGAACACCAUGACUACUACACUUACCCGAAGUACGACUUCGAGUACAAGGUGGAUGACCCGCACACCGGCGACCACAAGUCGCAGCACGAGUCCCGCGACGGCGACGUAGUGCACGGCUACUACUCGCUGCAGCAGCCCGAUGGCUCCCUCAGGGACGUGCACUAUCACAGCGACGACCACUCUGGGUUCCACGCGGACGUCAAGUACAGCACCCAUCACGUCGUGCCCCAGCAUCAACAUUAUUACUAGACUGAUACACUUAUCGCACAUUAAUUAUUAUCAUUUUAUAACCAAACAUACUGCUCAAAUAAAAGUGAUUUAUUGACAUAAAA